GCGAACAUCAGGGAGAAGGAACCACACGUCCGGAAGCAGACCAGCUGCUCGAAAACAGCAUAACAGAAAUAAAGAGAGUCCGGCAGGGCAGGUGUCCGUAACGGUGCCCUCCUGGUGGGAGCCCCAAUGCUGUGUUAGGUGGCCAGGACACCACUGUAUCGACAUAACUGCACAUCUCCUCUGCGUAUUUUCUGCCAGUCGGCUCACAUCUGCCGGACGUGGGCUGGGCGGGCAUUGGGAUUUGAAGAAGUUGGGGGUGCCAGGAAACGAGAGAAAAAAAAAACGAGGGCAGAGACGCGUCAAAAGUUAUGCCACUGUGAAACGUGCAGGCGUGGCACGCGGGAAAACCAUGGCAUUGUAGCGCCCCAAGGAAAGUUCGGCUGUCGUGCCUCGAGAGACGGCCACCCGAGCGAAUGCCAGCUCAGUGCCGGGAUGAUACCUACUCGAGAGUGAGCACGGUUGUGCAUGGAGGACAGCACGCUUUGCGCAGGGAUUACUACUGGAUUCCUUUACAUCGCGUGACAGAGAUCCUGGGGGCUCACCCACCUACCUGGAAAUCAUUCUUAUUGUCCUUCGCCGGAGAUUAAGCGCACGUGGGAACCCCUGGCUCCAUGUUGUCCACACGCGCCCCCUUCUUUCGGAUUCCGGGGGGUUUCCAUUGGAUGUAAACUAUGAUGCCGGACCUGCUACCUGUAUCCGUUUCGCCCCUCUAACAGAUAUAACCUAUCUUUCUACCUCUAGCUAUUGAUCGUGCAGGACACCCCUUGUGAUGACAGGCUAACUGGACCCCGGACUGGUUUUGCGACCUUUAGGGAUCUCAUAGGGGCUACGUUUUGUUGGUUAUGGCGGCGGCGAUUGCCAGCUCGCUUAUCCGCCAGAAACGGCAGGCCAGGGAGUCCAAUAGCGAUCGUGUAACCACUUCGAAACGCCGAACGAGUCCCAGCAAGGACGGACGAUCUCUGUGCGAGAGGCAUGUGCUGGGGGUCUUCAGCAAAGUGCGUUUCUGCAGCGGCAGGAAGAGACCCGUCAGGCGGAGACCAGAACCCCAACUGAAAGGAAUUGUCACCCGGUUAUUCAGCCAGCAAGGAUUCUUUCUGCAGAUGCAUCCUGAUGGCACUAUUGAUGGAACGAAGGAUGAGAACAGUGACUACACCCUGUUUAAUCUAAUCCCAGUGGGACUGCGAGUGGUUGCCAUUCAGGGUGUGAAGGCGGGUUUAUAUGCAGCGAUGAACGCAGAAGGAUUCCUCUAUAGCUCAGACAUCUUUACACCAGAGUGUAAGUUUAAGGAGUCUGUCUUUGAGAACUACUACGUUAUCUACUCCUCGACGCUGUACCGGCAACAGGAGUCUGGACGGGCCUGGUUCUUGGGCCUGAACAAGGAAGGACAAAUCAUGAAAGGAAACCGAGUGAAGAAAACCAAGCCAUCCUCCCACUUUGUACCAAAACCCAUUGAAGUCUGCAUGUACAGAGAGCCAUCGCUGCAUGAAAUUGAAGAGAAACAAGGGCGCUCACGAAAAAGUUCAGGGACUCCAACCAUGAACGGUGGCAAAGUGGUCAACCAAGACUCGACAUAGCAGGCUCCUUCUCACCAGCCACACACCAAAAAAAGUAAUGCAAGGGGAUUGAUGCCUGAGAUUCUGAACUCGUUCUUAGUUUCUUACACCUUAAUGAAGAAGAAAAGAAGAAAAAAAAAUCUUGCCUGUGACAUUUCAAUAAGACAUUUUAAAAUCUGAACUUGAAUUUACAUUUUAUGCAAAUGUCUGCUGUGUGACAACCAGAAAAGCUCAUCUCUUCAUAAUGAUAAUAAAAAGUUUACUUUGAAAGCUG